UUUUUUUGUUAUUUUUUUAUGGCAUUGUGUAUUUUUUUUAAUCUAAAUUUUCUCAAUGAACAUUAUUUUCACAAAAUCUGUUAAAUAGCUUAAUUAUUAUCUAUUCUAACUGUUAUCAAACUUUAACUUCUUUUAUAUUAAUAAGAUAUUUUUCUGGAAUAUUUAAUGUGGAAGUAAAUUUAACGUUUCACUCUUACUCUUCUAUUAUCAAGGAAUUUCAGUAGUUCCAGAAAAUAUUUUAGUUGUCGCAACAAUUAUAUGUCAAUGUAUUUAAUAAGUGAAUGAACUUUGCCCACCAUUAUUUAAACUAAUUUAAUUAAAGUAAAUCAGAUAUACAAAUAUACACGUUUGUAAGUCACAAUAUUUUGGGGCAUGGAAAAUUUGCAUUUUUCAGUAUAGAGAACUUAAAUGUUGCACUUAAUCGCUUUACCAUUUUAUUUUUGAUUUAAUAAGGUGUAUCUAAACAAUUAAAUUAAAUAUAGAAAAUCUAAUGAUUGUGCUUUUGAAAGAUUUUAGGUUACAGGAACUUAAAACAAAGCGAACUUGACUUCAUUGUUAUGACUUCUGCACUAGUGACUAUUUUUAUUUUGUGUUCAUUUGUUUUUAAAGAAGAAUAUUGUUUUACUUAAUUAAUUUAAAUAAGUUGUCACAUAAUCAGAAUUCUAUCUCUUAAGUAAGAAGAUAGAAAAACUUGUUUUCUUUUCGUAGCGUGAAAUAGAUAGCAUAAGGCUUGGACCAGGAAGAAGUAGCAGUGGUGGUACCAAGACUCCUGCAGGUUCGUUUGAUUCUGAGAAAACAGCUCUCACAAACAGAUCUGCUGCAUCAAGUCGUGGAUCAAGUCAUGGGCAAAAUACGCAGCUGCCUCCUGUCUUAAGAAAAACUCCAUCUGCCUCUAAGGAAGGAGAUAAUGUGAUAGAGUCAGUGAAAGAGUUGGUUAGAUAUGGUACUUCUAGUGAGACUAAAUCUACUGAAAUGAAAAAGAAUCCUGAAUCCCAACUCAAUGGCAAAGGAGUUGAUUCAAUGGAACUUACGUUGAAAGGUCCAGAAUAUAAUAUAGAUCAGAUGGAAGUUAAAGCUAGGCCCCUGGUUGAUGAGUUUUUACAUAAUAAUGAUUUUGAGGAAGCAAUCAGGUGUGUCACGGAACUGGCUUCUCCCAGUACGAUUCAUUUGUUCAUCAAUGCUGCAAUCAACUAAGUCUUAGAGCGCUCUAGUCCAGCACGGCAUUCCCUUGGCCAACUACUUUUUAACUUAGUCAAACAAAAUAUUAUCACCUUCGAUUAUUAUAAAAAAGGGUUCGAAGUUGUGUUGGAGUCGAUAGAUGAAUUCGCACUAGAUAUCCCCAUGAUAUGGGAGUACAUUGGAGAGAUCCUUGAGCCUAUUCUAGAAGAUAACAAAUUUACUGUAGAUGUUCUUAAAGAUGUCCUAAAACCUUGUAUUCCUUCCCCGACAGCUGGACUGUUGGUAUCAGCAACCCUGCAUUGUGCAGCUAAAAGAAGAGGAACUGUCAAACUUGGAGAGCUGUGGCGAGAAUCUAAGCUACAGUGGACUGACUUCUUAGGGGAUGAUGCUAAAAUAGAUGAAUUUAUUCUAAAGCAUAAAUUGGAAUUCACAAUUUGUCCUACUAAAGUAAAGUCUACCACACCAAUGUCGAUUGAAGAGAUUGAAAAGAAUCUCCUCGAUUUGCUUGAAAAAACUGACGAAAGUGAAGAAAUAUUUGAUUGGAUAGAUGCCAAUGUAUCUGAAUGUACAGAACCUAAAUUUAUUCGUGCCUUGGUGUCUGCAAUGCAUAAAAAUGCCAUAAAAGAUACUACUUCUGGGUGUAAAUUAGAUGUUGCAAAAUUGAAAAAAAGGACUUCUAUCCUGUACCGAUAUAUAGAUCAUAAUGAAAAUCUAGAACUUCAAGCUUUAUAUGCUAUUCAGUCACUAAUGAAUCAACUAAAUCAACCUAAAGGUAUUCAUUCAUUGAUCCACUUACAUGGCAAUUUUAUGACAUAUAUCUUGUAAUUUCAUAAUCUCUAU